UGGAACCUUGGGGCACUCGGCAGCCGAGACUAAGGAUCGAACAGGACUGCUCGCUCGCUAACAAUGGCAGAUUGGCAACCGCUCGACAAGGAUAAUUUGGCAAGUUGCAGUACCGUGUUGCUACGCCUCCAUAACUAGAGGAACCGAUCAUUCUCGUUAUUUUUUUUUUGCUUUAUGGACUGUUGCAAAGCUGCUUGGUAUUCGUGUAAGCAGACACAGGGCUACCACCAUUACCAAAAAUAAUACGAAUACGACGGUGAAGCCACGAUUUCGGCGUCGAUUGGAGGCAGCCGUCAAGGAUUAUCUUUAUAUCGUGAUGUAUGAAUUUAUUUAAAAAUCUAUAAUACAAGUAAUAGACUUGCAAAAUCUAACUGAAGUGCAGACGUUGUCAUGGUUAGCCAAUAAGUUAAAGAUAUCUCAAUCCGAAGUCCAGGCUCCUUCAUCGCAUUCGCAUGAUCUGCAGUAGUGGUGGAAGAUGAAGCGGACAGCGGUCGUAGCAGCAUGUACCUUGAGCCAAUUUGCCAUGGAUUUCCAGGGCAAUUUGGACCGUAUUGUCGAGUCCAUUGAGCGAGCCAAGGCAGCGGGGGCGAGGUACAGGUGUGGCCCCGAGAUGGAUAUAACGGGAUACAGCUGCGGCGACCACUACCACGAGAGCGACACACACCUGCAUGCUUGGCAGGUAUUGGCGCAGCUGCUCCAACAUCCCGCCUGCGCAGAUAUUAUAGUUGAUGUUGGCUUACCUGUCGUGCAUAAGGAUGUUGUCUAUAAUUGCAAGCUUGUUUUUCUCAAUAGGAAGAUUCUCCUCAUUCGGCCCAAAAUGAUUCUGGCUGAUGAUGGCUCUGCCGGCUAUUGCGAAACCCGCUGGUUCACGCCGUGGGCCAAGGUCCGCCAAGUAGAGGACCACCGUCUUCCCCCUUGUAUCAGCCAGGUCACAGGUCAGGCCACAGUGCCCUUUGGUGAUGCCCUCCUGGUGACUUGGGACACCUGCGUCGGCUUCGAAAUAUGCGAGGAGUUGUAUAAUCCGGAGAGCCCGCACGUGCCCCAAUACCUGGACGGCGCCGAGAUCGUCAGCAACUGCCUCGGCGCCUACGAGGAGUUUCGGCGCCCAGAGUCAGCCGUCAGCCUCGUCAGCAGCGCCACAGCCAAGAGUGGAGGCUGCUAUCUCUAUGCUAAUCAGAGAGGGUGUGAUGGAGGUCCCGGAUACUACCCAGGAGAAGCCUACAUAGCCCUGAACGGCGCCAUCGUGGGUCGAGCUGCCCCUUACUCCCUGCAGGAGGUGGAGGUCGUGGUGGCCAAGGUCGACCUCGAGAGCGUCAGGAGGCACAAGGCCCUUAUUAGGAGUCGCUGCACACACGCGGCCAGGAGCGAGGUUUAUCCGAGGAUUCAGGCGGAUUUCUGGCUUUGUUCUGACGCUGACGAAGGAGGACCGAGCAUCCCGCCCUUCCCGACGCCCCUCGCCAUCACGUCCCCGUCCCCGGAGGAGCAAGCUUUGAGUGGCCCCGCCUGCUGGCUCUGGGACUUCCUCAGGAGGUCGGGGCGGCGUGGACUCCUUCUGCCUCUCGAGGGCGACAUCGACUCCUCGCUCACGGCGGCGAUCGUCGUCCACAUGUGCCAGCUGGUGGUGAAGGCCGUGGCUACAGGAGACGAGAAGGUAUUAUCAGACACAAGACGGAUAGUGGGCCAAGAGGACUACGUGCCUAAUGGGAAUCGUGACCUGUGUCGACGCCUGGUUCGGACCCUGUGUUUACAAGGCGAGGAGAGGUCAGCGCGUCGUCUCGCUUUGGCAGAGGCCUUGGCGAGGGAUAUGGGAAGCCGGCACACCACCGCAGACUUGAGCGGAGCAGUUCGCGCGAUGCAAGCCGCCUUUGAAACUGCAAGCCAAGUCAAGCCGGAUGCUGCCUCGUUCCAAGAUCUUCUGUCGAGACUGAAGAUGUCCUUCGCUUUUCUCUAUGCCCAGGCCUCGAUGGAAGAAAAAGACGAAGGAGAAAAAGAGAAGAGAGAAACAGACGAAGAUUCCUCGAUGGAAAAAAAAGACGAAAGAGAAAAAGAGAUAAGAGAAAUAGACGAAGAUUCCUCCGGCCGUCUCCUCGUCCUGACCUCGGCGAACUGUGACCUCCUGGCGAGCGGGAAAUGGGUCAAAUUUGGUCAGGUUUCUGGAGACGUGAACCUGGUUGGGAGGUUUCCGGAGGAGGUGGUGGAGAGAGCGAUCGAGAGGGCCACGCGCAGCUUCGCCCUGCCUUCUCUCGCCGACAUUCUUUCCGAACACGAGAAGAGGAAGAAGAUAAAGAACUGCGAAGAAGGAAUAGGAGGAAGGAGAGAAGAAGAAGUAGGAAAAAGAAAAGAAAGAGAAUUAAGAAAAGGAGAAGAAAAAGAAGAAGGAAGGGAAGUAGUUAAAGGAAAAGGAACUGAAGAAGAAAGAAAAGGAGAAGAAAGAAAAAGAGAAACAAACGAAAGAAAAACAGGAGAAACAAACGAAAGAGAAACAGGAGAAACAAGAGGAGAAGAAGAAGGCAUAGAAGGAGAAAAAGCAGUGCCAGACAGUGCCAUGAGUAUGGAGGAAGUGGCACUGUGCCGCCACCUACAGUAUGGAGAAGGAAGCGGCCCUUAUUCCAUGUUUGGCAAGCUCUGCUGGCUGUGGGGGGGGAGGCGGGCAGCGCAGGAGAUCGCGUGCAAAGUCAAGACCUAUUUUCGCAACUACAGCAAUUUGCAACAGAAGAUGUGCAGUGCAACGCAAACCUAUUACGUGCCGGGAACAGGACCACUGCAAGACGCCAGGCCCAUUGUCGCCUCGCCAAAAUGGACUUGGCAAUUCAACGCAAUUGAUCUUGCGGUGCAGAACAAGGAGAAGCAAAAAGAGACGAAAUAGAACAGAAAAAAAAGAGAGAUAGAGAGAAGACGAUAAUCCAGAAGAGGCAUUAGAUGAUGAUGACUCUGAAAAAAAUGAUGACUCAGCCGGUUUGUUAAAAUUGUGCGAGGGCCAACAAGGGAAUAUUCGCAUAUACGGACAUACAUAUAUACGAGAAUAAAUAUAUAUCUGUCUAUCUAUCUGACAUAUACAUUUACUUAUCUAUUUAUCUGGUAGAUAUGCAUGUUUAGACUGAUAGAUAUUUGUUUCUGUGUAUAUGCAUAUUUGAAGAGGACUUAAAAAAAUGAUUAUAUGAUGAUAUUUUGAAAAAAAAGAUGACUAUAUGAUGACUUAAAAAAAAAUUGAUGACUGUAUGAUGACUUUUUGAAAAAAAAAAAGAUAACUGUAUGAUGACUUUUUGAAAAAAAAAAAGAUGACUGUAUGAUGAUUAAACAAUGAUGAAUAUGUGAUGACUUUUUGAAAAAAACGAUGGGAUUUUUUUUAAAUGUGUUUAUGAUAAUGUGAUGCCUUAAAGAAGAGAUAAUGGCUACUUGAAAAAAAGUGAUAACUAAGUGAUAACUUUUAAAGAUUGACUAAAAAUGAUGACUGCGUGAUGACUAAAAUGGAUGAAUAUAUGAUGACUUAAAAAAAAAAUUGAGAGAGAGAAAGAGAGAGAGAGAGAGAGAGAGAGAGAGAGAAAGAGAGAGAGAGAGAGCGAGAAACAGAGGGAUAUAUAUAGAGAGAGAGAUAGAUAGAGAGAGAGAAAAGCGGGGGAUAUAUAUAUAAAUAUAGGCUAGAUAGAUAGAUAGAUAGAUAGAGAAAGAGAGAGAGAGAGAGAGAGAGAGAGAGAGAGAGAGAGAGAGAGAGAGUAUGUAUGUUUAAAGACAUUUUUGUGAAAAUAUUCGUCACACAAAAAAUAAAAAAUCAUAUUAACUGGCAUAUAUAUUAAGCGUCAUAACAUAUCGGAUAAUUCUAAUAUCUUCAACAAAUAAAAAUGAAAAUCCUA